UUGUUUUUUGUUAGAAUUGGGUGUUUCCUGUUUGUUUUUUGUUAGAACUGGGUGUUUCCUGUUUGUUUGUUGUUAGAACUGGGUGUCUUUGAUUUUUGUUUGCUGUUGGUUUCUUUGUUUAUUUAUUUUUUUGUUGGCUCUGUGUGUCUUUUGGUUGUAUUUGUUGGGUCUGAGUGGCUUUCUUUAGUUAUUUCUUGGACCCUAGUGUCUUUUGUCUGUUAAUUGUUGGCUCUUUAAGUCUUUUGUCAGUUAGGUUUUUUUUAUUUUAUUUAUUUGGGUGUCUUCUUUGUUUUUUAAUGCAUCUUGGUAUCUUUUGUUUUAUCUUUUUUAUUGGAUCUGGUUGUCUUUUUUGAUGGAUUUUAUUUCCCUUUAUCAUGCAUUUCGUUGUUUUUGUUUUUAUCUUUUAAUUUUUUGACCUGGAUAUAUAUUUUUUUGGACCUGGUCCUAUAUUUGUUGGUGCUUGCUUGUCCAUCUAGAUGCUGUCUGUUAGUUAUUUAUUUGAGCUGGCUGGCUUUAUCAUGAAUUUGGGUGUUGAGUGCUCGCCUUUAACAUGUAUUUGACCUCGACAUCUCCCCAUGUUGUUUCUCCUUAACCUCUACCGAUUUGUACCUGCAGAUCACCAGUCCAUUUACAUCGGUGUACCAGUGCCACGGGGCUACAGGCGCAAGCGGCGUAGGAGGCACUCGUCCAUCUCAAGUCAUGACAUCACGGAUAUCGAGAGAGGUGCACACCGUAAUCAUCAACAUCUUGAGCGCUACGAGUCGGAGGACACCGAUCGCUACGAUCUGGAGCAAACAGAGCACAGCCUUCACCCACCUGAAGUCAGCCGCACUAUGUCCCCGGCUGCAGAACGCCUGAGGUAUAUUUUAGGAGACGAUGAAGACGCCAUGCCCACGCCCACCCUCUUCACCGAGAUGGACACACUCCAGCACGAGGGAGACGAGCUCGAGUGGAGAGAGUCAGCCAGGUGGGUGAAGUUUGAGGAGAAGGUUGAAGAGGGCGGCGAGCGCUGGAGUAAACCGCACGUCUCCACGUUGUCUCUGCACAGCCUGUUCGAGCUGCGCACGUGCCUGCAGACCGGCGUCGUGCUGCUGGACCUGGACGGCUAUUCGCUGCCGCAGAUCGUCGACGACAUCAUCGAGCGCCACAUCGAGGAGGGCAUGGUCAGUCCGGAGCUGAGGGACAAGAUCAGCUUCGUUCUGUUGAGGAAACACAGACACCAGACCAAGAAACCCAUCCACCGCUCGCUGGCCGACAUCGGCAAAGGCAGCUCCGCCCCCAGUCGUAGUCCGGCCCGUAGUGCAGCACCCGUUGCCAGCUUCAAUCGCUCCACAGAGAAUCUGCACAGCAAGCAUGGAGGCAGCUAUGGGCAUCUGCGUCACGCCCAGAGCAGGAGUAUGAACGACAUUGCGGACACGCCCAGCACCGACCAGCUAAAGAACAAGUUCAUGAAGAAGAUCCCCAGGGAUGCAGAGGCAUCCAAUGUGCUUGUUGGUGAGGUGGACUUCCUUGACAAGCCCUUUGUGGCCUUUGUACGACUCGCACAGGCCACAACACUAGGAGGCCUGACUGAGGUUCCAGUACCCACCAGGUUUUUGUUUGUGCUUCUUGGACCCCCUGGCAAAGCCAAGUCCUACAACGAAAUUGGCCGGGCUAUUGCUACACUAAUGGUGGAUGAUCUCUUUAGUGACGUGGCGUAUAAGGCCCGGGACCGAGAAGACCUGAUUGCAGGCAUUGAUGAGUUCCUGGAUGAGGUGACUGUGCUUCCACCUGGCGAGUGGGACCCCAAAAUUCGCAUCGAGCCACCCAAAAAAGUGCCCUCUGCUGACCAGAGAAAGUCGGUGUUCUCUCUGAACGAGCUGGGCCAGAUGAAUGGCACUGCGGGAGCCGGGGGCGGUACUGCAGAGGAAGAGGAGAUGCCCGUACCGCAUGAGCUCGGUGAAGAGCUGGCGUACACGGGCAGAUUUUGCGGAGGUCUGUUCCUGGACAUUAAGAGGAAACUACCCUGGUAUCCCAGCGACUUUUAUGAGGGUUUUCACAUCCAGUCGGUCUCAGCUGUGCUCUUUAUAUACCUAGGCUGCAUCACCAAUGCAAUUACGUUUGGUGGACUGCUGGGAGAUGCAACAGACAAUUACCAGGGAGUAAUGGAGAGUUUCCUGGGUACAGCCUUGUCCGGCACAGUCUUUUGCCUUUUUGGCGGUCAGCCGCUCAUCAUCCUCAGCUCCACCGGACCCAUCCUCAUCUUCGAGAAGCUGCUCUAUGAAUUCAGCAAGAGCAGCAGUAUAGACUACAUGGAGCUGAGGCUUUGGAUCGGCGUGCACUCGUGUAUUCAGUGCUUCUUCCUGGUGGCCACCGACGCCAGCUACAUCAUCAAAUACAUGACGCGCUUCACCGAGGAGGGCUUCUCCAGCCUCAUCUCCUUCAUCUUCAUCUCAGACGCCAUCAAGAAGAUGGCUGGGUCCUUCAACAGCUAUCCCAUCAACACCGACUUCCAGCCCGACUUCAUCACCGCGUACAAGUGUGAAUGCGUCGCGCCAGACACGAUGGCUUCAAUGCUCUUCGAUGUUGUAGUUCCUGUGCUUGAUAAUACGUCUGCUCUCUUUGGUAUGAAUAUAACAGCCCUCGACUGGAGUCAGCUCAGCAAGAAAGAGUGUCUCAAAUACAGCGGCCAGCUGGUGGGAAGCUCCUGCAAGUUCGUCCCAGAUUUGGCACUCAUGUCCUUCAUUUUGUUCUUUGGCACCUACUCCAUGACCGUCUCGCUGAAGAAGUUCAAAUUUAGCCGCUACUUUCCUACCAAGUUGAGGAAGCUCAUCAGCGACUUCUCCAUCUUCAUGUCCAUCAUGACGUUCGUGGGUUUGGACAUGCUCAUGGGGCUGAAGACUCCUAAACUGAUCGUUCCUACCGAGUUCAAGCCCACGCGUCCAGACCGUGGCUGGAUCGUCAUGCCCUUUGGGAAGAACCCGUGGUGGGUUUAUCUGGCUAGCUUCGUGCCCGCUCUCCUCGUCACCAUCCUUAUAUUCAUGGACCAGCAGAUCAGCGCCGUCAUCGUCAACAGGAAAGAGAACAAGCUGAAGAAAGGCUGUGGGUACCAUUUGGACCUGUUCUGGGUGGGUGUCCUGAUGGCUGCCUGCUCUUUUAUGGGCCUGCCAUGGUACGUAGCAGCUACAGUCAUCUCUAUCGCUCACAUCGACUCACUUAAAAUGGAGAGCGAUUCCAACGCCCCGGGGGAACAGGCGCAGUUUCUGGGCGUGAGGGAACAGCGACUGACCGGGAUCCUCGUCUUCGUCCUAACCGGAGUCUCCAUCUUCCUCUCCCCGAUUCUGCAGUUCAUCCCGAUGCCUGUCCUCUAUGGUGUGUUUCUCUACAUGGGUGUCGCGUCUCUCGGGGGCAUCCAGUUCUGGGACAGGAUCAAGCUGUUCCUGAUGCCAGCGAAGCACCAGCCGGACUUCACCUACCUACGCCAUGUUCCGCUCAGGAGAGUUCACCUGUUCACGCUGCUGCAGGUCGUCUGCCUCACCGUCCUCUGGAUCCUCAAAUCCACCUUCCUCGCCAUCAUCUUCCCCGUCAUGAUCCUGGGCCUGAUGCUGGUGCGCAAGAUGCUCGACAUGGUGUUCUCUCAGCACGACCUGGCCUGGCUCGACGAUCUGCUGCCCGGGAAGGAGGAGGAGGAGAAGAAGGACGACAAGAAAAAGGAUGGAGGGAAGAAGGAAAAGAAGAAGGUCAGGGGAGGAGAGGAGAGUGAGGAUGAGGAGAAGUUCCACCCGUACUCCAACUGCGCUCCAGCAGAUUUGGACGUGGACCGCAGAGUUGGUGCCACCCCGCUGACCCUUGACCUUUUGCCAUUACCUCAUCCUCAUUCUCAUAACGGGACCUUGCCACUGCGCAGCAUCACCCUGCACUUGAAGAUCUCGUGCCCUCCGUCGCCGGCGAUGCCCGUCACCCGAGGCGUGUCGUGUCCGGUGCCGCAGGUGAAGAUCGAGAUGGAGUCCGAGUACGACGACACGGACACGGAGCCCAGACACAGGAACCGGGACAGGAGCAGCGAGACCACUCUCUAACUUUGGACAGUGGACAGUGUGUCCAUUCUUUUUUUUUUUUUUUUUUUUAAGCAGUGUGUUGAGGUUUGCUAGUGACGUAUUUGAUCCAAAUCUACAUUGUACCAGGACUUUGCAAGGAUGCUGGUAAAGAGGAAACGACACACUUUAUAAGAGGAUCCUCGUGGGAUGUUUAACGAUGGGAGGUUUCUAAACAGGAUCUAACUGAAACCUUUAGGACUCCUUCAGCUGUACAGUACGAUCCAUUUAAACGCGACGUCUUAACUGUACACGUGUCCUUCAUUCAAAUCAGAGUAUAUUUUAGAUAAAUGCCUUUAUAUUUACGUGCGUGUGUAAUCAGUAUUGUGUUUGUCUUGUCGAUAAAUCUGUUGUUGUGCUGCAGAGAAUUGUGGGUAAAAAUAACAAGAUCCA